CCCGCCUGCCCGGAGCCCAGCGCUCCCGCAGCGCGCUAUGGCCGGGGCCGCGGGGGAAGCUGCGCUGCCGCCCAUCGCCUCCUUCGCCAGCCUGCUGCCCAUGGAAGACAAGCGGGGGCCGCUGCUCCACCCCCGCUUCGCCGCUAUGGAGGGCGGCCCCGCCGGGAUCAAGAGGGAGGACGACGAGCUGGGCAAGUUCGUGGACUUGGAUUUCAUCUUGGCCCACACCAGCAGCCCGCAGCAGGCGGGCCCCGCGUACCCCCUGCCCGACACCCCGGAGAGCUGCGGCACAGACGGCGACUGCUCCUACCUGCCUGCCAGCAAGUUCGGGCCCCCCUACCCCGACAGCCACAGCUACAUGGCCGAGCUGCUCACCGCCGACCUGCCGGGCCCCUGCGAGCUGCAGCGGAGGGAGUACACGGAGCUGCGGGUCCCCGGCGCGCUGGGCCACCCGGCCAUGGCCCGGCCGCUGCCCGCGGAGCACAGGGCGCCGCCCCUGGGGGCCCGCAUCAAGCAGGAGCAGCCGGAGGAGCAGGCCUGCAUGUUGGGCAUGGCUGGCGAGUGCAUGGGGCCGGGCGCCGUGGACCACAAGCCCCUCAUGCUGCCCCCCCAGCAGCCGCUCUACCCACCCCGCCCCGGCUUCCCGCAGCCCAGGCUGGGGCCCCCCGAGGAGCUGGGGCCGGCGGGGGAGGGCCCCCUGCCCCCGCACCUGGGCCCGCACCACUACGGGCUGCCCCCGCACCACUACCCGGCCCACCUCGCCGCCCACGGGCCGGCCCAGUUCCACGGACACUUCAGCGUGUUCCGGGAGCCGCUGAAGGCGCCGCCGGGGCUGCCCGGGCUGCUGGUGACGCCCCCACACUCGCCGGUGCUGGAUUACUUCCCCGCCGGGGGGCCGGAGCUCGGCAAGCCCAGGCGGGGCCGCCGGUCCUGGGCCAGGAAGCGCACGGCCACGCACAACUGUGACUACCCGGGCUGCGGCAAGACCUACACCAAGAGCUCGCACCUCAAGGCGCACAUGCGGACGCACACCGGUGAGGGCUGCUCUGCUGGGGGGGAGUGAGGCCGGCUUGCUGGGGGGGGUGUUUUCCGGGGGGGGCGGCUCCAACCCCCCCGGCCCGCGCUCCUGGGGGGCGCACAUGCGGACGCACGCCGGUGAGGCCGGCUCUGCUGG